AACUACAACAGUCAUCAUGAACACUAAGAUCCUCCUCCUGGUGUGUCUGGCAGCCGUUGUUGCUGCGGACAGCUUCGAAUCUGCUGAAUCAGGUGAAUACAACUUCAACUGGGCUGUCAAACACGACGACUCCGGCAAUGACUUCGGCCACCAGGAAGCCCGCAAUGGAGACAACACCCAGGGUUCCUACUACGUGCAGCUCCCCGACGGCCGCCUGCAGACCGUCAGGUACGUCGUGGACGGCGACAACGGAUACGUGGCCGAAGUGAACUACGAGGGCGAGGCUCGUUACCCCGACUCCAAUGAAUCAAAGUGAAAAGAAUCUGUUAGCCUCUACGUGAAAUGAACCGACCAAGAACACGUCCGAUGUAAUAUUGUCCAAUGCUCAUUACAACUUUGAUUGUCCUGUUCUGGUACCAGAAUUGCCAGUGGUACAAGUCCCACCAGUCUUUGCUGUUCAUACAUUCCCAGGGAAUGGCCCAGCAUGGACAUUUUUUACUGCUUCUAAAUAAAUUAUCUAUUUAUCA